AAGCAAGGUUACCGAAUAUUGGCGCAUAAAUGGAACGCUCGAAUAACCUUACGCGCUCUGGGGAGAAACUGGAAGAAUUAAAUAACUUCAUUAAGAGAAAUAAAUCGGACGAUGCAGACUCGCUCGUAUUUUACAAUCAGGACGGGCGUUCUAAUUCUAUGUUAACGAUUGAGCCUCUAGAACCUGAAAAAAGCAGUUACUACGUUUUUUUAAAAUACCACACUUGCUAUGAUUUGCUCCCUGAAAGCGCCAAACUUGUUGUUUUAGAUACAGAACUUAGUAUCAAAAAAGCGUUUUAUGCACUCAUAUAUAACAAUGUUCGAGCUGCUAUACUGUGGGAUUCAUCCAAACAGAGUUACUCAGGAAUUCUAACGAUAACUGACUUUAUCAAGGUUUUAGUCACUUUAUAUCCUCCUGAUAGUGGGAAAAUGGAUGAAUUUGAAGAAAGUUCCAUUUCCAGUUGGAGAGAAAUCAAUAAAAAUUUCACUACAAUUCCAUUAGUUCAUGUUGCACCUGAAUGUUCAUUAUUAGAUGCAUCAAGAAUGUUAUUACAAUAUCGUUUUCAUCGAUUACCUAUUAUUGAUACAUUACAUGGCAAUGCAUUACAUAUUUUAACACAUAAACGUAUAUUAAAAUAUUUGCAUUUAAAUAGGCAUAAUUUACCUCCAGCCAAAUUUAUAUCUAAAAGUUUAUAUGAACUUCAAUUAGGCACUUAUAUACCAAAUGUUCAAACAAUUACAAAUAAUACAACAAUUAUAGAAGCAUUAAAAUUAUUUCUUAAAAAUCAAGUAUCAUGUUUACCAGUUAUUAAUGAUGAAAAUGGUCAACUUAUUGAAAUCUAUGCAAAAUUUGAUGUAAUUAAUUUGGCCAUUACACGAUCAUAUAACAAUUUGAAUGUUUGUGUAUAUGAUGCACUUGAAUUUCGUAGAUUAAAUCGAGAUCGUUAUCCAACUCCGUUGACAUGUUCAAAAACGGAUAGUUUACAAGAUGUUAUGGUGAAAAUUGUUGAAUCCGGUGUACAUCGUUUAAUUAUUGUUGAUGAGAAUAAUAAAGUUGAAGGAAUUAUCUCAUUAUCAGAUAUAUUGAAAUUUCUUACAAAUUGGUCAACUGAUCAUCAUCAUCAACAUCAACAUCAUAAUAAUAAUAAUAAUAACACAUUGAAACGAAGAACUGAUCUUGUUCGAAUUAAGAAAUUCAUUACAAAUCCAUUACGUAAUUCAUAUCAAUAAAUUACAUUAGUUUAUUAUGCAUCAUUCUAUCUUUCUUGGUCUCUCUCUCUCAUACUCUCUCUUUCUCUUUCUCUUUGUAUUCCCCUUUUUCUUCAUCAUCAAUGAGUUUAACAAUUGAUGGUUAGAAUGAAUAGAACGAUAAUAAUCAUAUGAAACUAAUUGACAAUUUUAUGGGUUAAAUCAUUAAAAUAACCAACCAAUAUUAUUAACAUUAUUGUUACUGCUGACACUAGUAACAUCAUUUCCAUUAUUGUUACUAUUCGACUUAUUGUACUACUUAUUAUCAAUACCUACUAAUCAUUACCCGCCCCCCCCAUAAUUUCCCUAUAGACAUAAUCAUUUAUUUUCUUUCAAGAUUCCUAUUCUCUGAUUUGAAAUUUGCCUUUAGUUUUCUACAAUUCAAUUUUUUUUUUCUCUUUUCAUUAUAAAAUGAAUGAUGUGAAAAUCAUCUGAUCAAUAGGAAAUCAUUAUAUAUAUAUUUUUUUUCAACUUCACUACUCACUAUGUUCUCCACUCCCUCUCCUCCUCUUCCUCCCCCUUCCUACUUCAACUCCAACUCCAACUCCUCCUCCUUGAUUCUAAUAAAUACUCUCCAAUUUGCAUAGAAUUACAAUUUUAUUCCUUAUCUGUUAUUUCUGUACAUAAAUUACUAUUAUUAUCUCAUAUAUGUGAAUAUAGUUUCAUUUAGAUAUUUAUUAAAUCUUAUUCAUAUUUCUCUCUCAAUAGAUCUAUUCUAUGCUUUUAUUAUUAGAAACAGAAACAAGAAUUGAUUUCUAUGUGUGUGUGUGUGCGUGUAUCCAUGCCUUUUUUAAAAAAAUUAUUUUAUAUUGACUGAUA